UUUCUUGUUGUUUUUUCUGCCACUUAAAAUGUCCAAACCCUCUCGCUUGGCUAGACCUUUCUUCUCUAAUGCAGCUUCUAAGCUGCCAUCAGCUAGGCGGGAUGAUUUGAACAGCAAACAGAAAAAAAACAGCUUAGGUGAGAAAAUUUCGAGAACUGGGAGUGAAGGAAAUUUGGUCAAACAGCAGCAGGUGCAAACGGCGGCAACUCCUGCCCAGCGGAAAGCUACACCACACAAAGAACAAGGCAAAGGCAAUCUGCAUGUAACAUCACCAGAAGAUGCAGAAUGCCGCAGAACCAAGGAACGCCUUUCUAAUGGAAACAGUCGUGGUUCAGUUUCCAAGUCUUCCCGCAAUAUCCCAAGGAGACACACCCUAGGGGGGCCCCGAAGUUCCAAGGAAAUACUGGGAAUGCAAACAUCUGAGAUGGAUCGGAAGAGAGAAGCGUUCCUAGAACAUCUGAAGCAGAAGUACCCCCACCACGCCUCUGCAAUCAUGGGUCACCAAGAGAGGCUGAGAGACCAGACAAGGAGCCCCAAACUGUCUCACAGUCCUCAACCACCCAGUCUGGGUGACCCGGUCGAGCAUUUAUCAGAGACGUCCGCUGAUUCUUUGGAAGCCAUGUCUGAGGGGGAUGCUCCAACCCCUUUUUCCAGAGGCAGCCGGACUCGCGCGAGCCUUCCCGUGGUGAGAUCAACCAACCAGACGAAAGAAAGAUCUCUGGGGGUUCUCUAUCUCCAGUAUGGAGAUGAAACCAAGCAGCUCAGGAUGCCGAAUGAAAUCACAAGUGCAGACACAAUCCGUGCUCUCUUCGUAAGUGCCUUUCCACAGCAGCUCACCAUGAAAAUGCUGGAAUCGCCCAGUGUCGCCAUUUACAUCAAAGAUGAAAGCAGAAAUGUCUAUUAUGAAUUAAAUGAUGUAAGGAACAUUCAAGACAGAUCACUCCUCAAAGUGUACAACAAGGAUCCUGCACAUGCGUUUAAUCACACACCAAAAACUAUGAAUGGAGACAUGAGGAUGCAGAGGGAACUCGUUUAUGCAAGAGGAGAUGGCCCUGGGGCCUCUCGCCCUGGAUCUACUGCUCAUCCACCCCAUGCGAUUCCAAAUUCCCCACCGUCUACUCCGGUGCCCCAUUCCAUGCCCCCCUCCCCAUCCAGAAUUCCUUAUGGGGGCACCCGCUCCAUGGUUGUUCCUGGCAAUGCCACCAUCCCCAGGGACAGAAUCUCCAGCCUGCCAGUCUCCAGACCCAUCUCUCCAAGCCCAAGCGCCAUUUUAGAAAGAAGAGAUGUCAAGCCGGACGAAGACAUGAGUGGCAAAAACAUUGCAAUGUACAGAAAUGAGGGCUUCUAUGCUGAUCCUUACCUUUAUCACGAGGGACGGAUGAGCAUAGCCUCGUCCCAUGGUGGACACCCACUGGAUGUCCCUGACCACAUCAUUGCAUAUCACCGCACCGCCAUCCGGUCAGCGAGUGCUUAUUGUAACCCCUCGAUGCAAGCGGAAAUGCAUAUGGAGCAAUCGCUGUACAGACAGAAAUCAAGGAAAUAUCCAGAUAGCCAUUUGCCUACACUGGGCUCCAAAACACCCCCUGCCUCUCCUCACAGAGUCAGUGACCUGAGGAUGAUAGACAUGCACGCUCACUAUAAUGCCCACGGGCCCCCUCACACCAUGCAGCCAGACCGGGCCUCGCCGAGCCGCCAGGCCUUUAAAAAGGAGCCAGGCACCUUGGUGUAUAUAGAAAAGCCACGGAGCGCUGCAGGAUUAUCCAGCCUUGUGGACCUCGGCCCUCCUCUAAUGGAGAAGCAAGUUUUUGCUUACAGCACGGCGACAAUACCCAAAGACAGAGAGACCAGAGAGAGGAUGCAAGCCAUGGAGAAACAGAUUGCCAGUUUAACUGGCCUUGUUCAGUCUGCGCUUUUUAAAGGGCCCAUUACAAGUUAUAGCAAAGAUGCGUCUAGUGAGAAAAUGAUGAAAACCACAGCCAACAGGAACCACACAGAUAGUGCAGGAACGCCCCACGUGUCUGGUGGGAAGAUGCUCAGUGCUCUGGAGUCCACGGUGCCUCCCAGCCAGCCUCCACUUGUGGGCACCUCGGCCAUCCACAUGAGCCUGCUUGAGAUGAGGCGGAGCGUGGCGGAACUCAGGCUCCAGCUCCAGCAGAUGCGGCAGCUCCAGCUGCAGAACCAGGAGCUGCUGAGGGCGAUGAUGAAGAAGGCCGAGCUGGAAAUCAGUGGCAAAGUGAUGGAAACAAUGAAGAGACUGGAGGAUCCUGUGCAGCGACAGCGCGUCCUAGUGGAGCAAGAGAGACAAAAAUAUCUUCAUGAGGAAGAGAAGAUCGUCAAGAAGUUGUGCGAGUUGGAAGACUUUGUUGAAGACUUGAAGAAGGACUCCACGGCAGCCAGCCGAUUGGUUACUCUGAAAGACGUGGAAGACGGGGCUUUCCUCCUGCGUCAAGUGGGAGAGGCUGUAGCUACCCUGAAAGGAGAAUUUCCAACCUUACAAAACAAGAUGCGGGCCAUCCUGCGCAUAGAAGUGGAGGCCGUGCGGUUUCUGAAGGAGGAGCCACACAAGCUGGACAGUCUCCUGAAGCGUGUGCGCAGCAUGACAGACGUCCUGACCAUGCUGCGGAGACACGUCACUGAUGGGCUCCUGAAAGGCACGGACGCAGCCCAAGCCGCACAGUACAUGGCUAUGGAAAAGGCCACGGCCGCAGAAGUCCUGAAGAGUCAGGAGGAGGCAGCCCACACCUCCGGCCAGCCCUUCCACAGCACAGGUGCCCCUGGCGAUGCGAAGUCAGAAGUGGUGCCUUUGUCCGGCAUGACGGUUCACCACGCGCAGAGCUCCGCUGUGGUCAUCCAGCCCUCCCAGCACUCCGUGGCCCUGCUGAACCCUGCUCAGAACUUGCCUCACGUGGCCAGCUCCCCAGCUGUCCCCCAGGAAGCAACCUCCACUCUGCAGACAUCGCAGGCUCCGCAGUCCCCACAGAUACCCAUGAAUGGGUCUGCCAUGCAGAGCUUGUUCAUUGAAGAAAUCCACAGUGUGAGUGCCAAGAACAGGGCAGUGUCUAUCGAGAAAGCAGAAAAGAAAUGGGAGGAAAAAAGGCAAAAUCUGGACCACUAUAAUGGGAAAGAGUUUGAGAAGCUCCUAGAAGAAGCUCAGGCCAAUAUCAUGAAGUCAAUACCAAAUCUGGAGAUGCCACCAGCCACAGGCCCACUGCCAAGGGGAGAUGCCCCAGUGGACAAGGUGGAACUUUCAGAAGAUUCUCCAAAUUCAGAACAGGACUUGGAAAAGCUGGGGGGAAAGUCGCCCCCUCCUCCUCCGCCACCUCCUCGUCGAAGCUACCUGCCAGGAUCGGGACUCACCACCACGAGGUCAGGCGAUGUGGUCUACACCGGCAGAAAGGAGAACAUCACCGCUAAGGCAAGCAGUGAAGAUGCUGGACCAAGCCCACAGACCAGAGCCACAAAAUGUCCAGCAGAGGAGCCUGCUUCAGCCUGGACCCCAUCCCCACCCCCUGUCACCACCUCCUCCUCAAAGGAUGAGGAGGAAGAAGAAGAAGAAGGAGACAAAAUAAUGGCAGAACUCCAGGCAUUCCAGAAGUGUUCCUUUAUGGAUGUAAAUUCAAACAGUCAUGCUGAGCCAUCCCGGGCUGACAGUCACGUUAAAGACACUAGGUCGGGCGCCACAGUGCCACCCAAGGAGAAGAAGAAUUUGGAAUUUUUCCAUGAAGAUGUACGGAAAUCUGAUGUUGAAUAUGAAAAUGGCCCCCAAAUGGAAUUCCGAAAGGUUACCACAGGGGCUCUAAGACCUAGUGACCCUCUUAAGUGGGAAAGAGGAAUGGAGAAUAGUAUUUCUGAUGCAUCAAGAACAUCAGAAUAUAAAACUGAGAUCAUAAUGAAGGAAAAUUCCGUAUCCAAUAUGAGUUUACUCAGAGACAGUAGAAACUACUCCCAGAAAACUGUGCCUAAGGCCAAUUUCAGUUUCUCUGGCAUUAGUUCUUUAGAAGAUGAAAUAAACAAAGGGUCUAAAAUCUCAGGCCUGCAAUACUCUAUACCUGACACCGAGAACCAGAAGCUGAAUUACGGAAAGACAAAGGAGAUGGAAAAGCAAAAUACUGAUAAGUGUCACAUUUCCUCUCACACUAGACUAACAGAAUCAAGUGUGCAUGAUUUUAAAACAGAAGAUCAAGAGGUUAUCACGACAGAUUUUGGCCAAGUUGUUCUAAGACCCAAGGGGGCAAGGCAUGCUAAUGUGAACCCUAAUGAGGAUGGAGAAUCAAGUUCAAGUUCUCCCACUGAAGAAAAUGCAGCCACUGACAAUAUUGCCUUCAUGAUUACCAAAACCACUGUCCAGGUUCUUUCCAGUGGGGAGGUGCAUGAUAUUGUUAGCCAAAAGGGAGAAGACAUACAGACGGUUAAUAUCGAUGCCAGAAAAGAGAUGACCCCCCGACAAGAAGGGACUGACAAUGAGGAGCCAGUCGUGUGCCUGGACAAGAAACCAGUGAUCAUCAUUUUCGACGAGCCCAUGGACAUCCGAUCUGCAUAUAAGAGACUUUCAACUAUCUUUGAGGAAUGUGAUGAGGAAUUAGAGAGAAUGAUGAUGGAGGAAAAGAUAGAGGAGGAGGAAGAGGAGGAAAAUGGAGAUUCUGUAGUCCAGAAUAAUAACACCUCCCAGAUGUCUCAUAAGAAGGUGGCCCCAGGCAAUCUUAGAACCAGACAACAGGUGGAAACAAAGUCACAGCCACACUCCCUGGCCACAGAGACCAGAAUCCCAGGAGGACAGGAAAUGAACAGAACGGAGCUGAACAAGUUCAGCCACGUGGAUUCUCCAAAUUCGGAAUGCAAGGGUGACAACGCAACCGAUGACCAGUUUGAAAGCCCCAAGAAAAAGUUUAAAUUCAAAUUCCCUAAGAAGCAACUCGCCGCUCUCACUCAAGCCAUUCGCACUGGAACUAAAACAGGAAAGAAGACUUUGCAAGUGGUAGUCUAUGAAGAAGAGGAAGAGGAUGGCACCCUGAAACAGCACAAAGAAGCCAAGCGCUUCGAAAUCGCUAGGUCUCAACCUGAAGACACCCCUGAAAACAUGGUGAGGAGGCAAGAGCAGCCCAGCAUCGAGAGUACAUCUCCGAUUUCAAGAACUGAUGAAAUUAGAAAAAACACCUACAGAACAUUGGAUAGCCUGGAGCAGACCAUUAAACAGCUCGAAAAUACAAUCAGUGAAAUGAGUCCCAAAGCCCUAGUUGAUACCUCAUGUUCUUCCAACAGAGAUUCUGUUGCAAGUUCAUCCCACAUAGCCCAAGAGGCCUCUCCCCGACACUUGCUAGUUCCGGAUGAAGGCCCCACUGCCCUAGAGCCCCCUACGUCGAUACCUUCAGCUUCACGGCUCCAGCGGGGCCCCACAGACGAGCAGGAUGCCUGUCCCCAUGAGUGCCAAGAACAGACCCGGAACCCUGGACAAACCUGGCAAGCAGUCCAAACUGCAGGAUCCCCGCCAAUAUCGUCAGGUAGUUUUACCUUAAACCCAAUUUUGGAUGGACGCUAUUUCAGUUAAGCAAAUCACUGACUUAGUUUAUACCAAAUAUUGUACUUUGUUUGUAAGAUAACGGUUUACAUAGAGAUCCUGGAUCUGGGGGCAUGAAGAAAGUCUAAAAAAACCUUUGUUAAACUUUUUUACCAGGCUUUUGCAUGCUUGCAAUAAAACAUCUUUUACUUUGUGACUCCAAACUCCAAAUUUUAACUGUUAACACACGGUGCCAGACCGGGUGGCUUUUCUUUGGUGAAUGUAGUGUUUCAUCUGAACACCUCGGGAAGCAGAGACCAACCAACCUGUGGUUGAACUGCCCUUAACGUCACCACUACUAACGUCUAUGUUGACUGUAUUGCGUUAGAAGCACAUUAACGCUCCGUCACAAUGCCCGACCCCCACCCCAGUAAUUAUCCAGACGCAUGGCCCACCUGGCACACAGGAAAUGGUAGAGCUGGAAUGAUGGGACUCCUCUCACAAAUGUAUUCUUCCUUUCCUCUUUUCCUGUCCAUCCUUUGCUAUGUACAUGGGGGGUUUCUACCAGGUCCAGUAGAGCACAACAAGACUUAGCUCAGGCCUUGAACUGUGUUUGGUUGGUUUCCUUUGAUUGAAUUAUUCACAGAAGGGCUGUGUUGCCAGGCCCUGUGGGUUGAUCAUGUGACCAGCUUUCUGACAAAAUGUCUCCCGCCAUCUUUAUUUGCAGGCUAAUGGAAGUGCUAAGAAAUCUGGUGGGGACUUUAAGCCUACUUCCCCCUCCUUACCUGCUUCUAAGAUUCCAGCCCUUUCUCCCAGCUCUGGGAAAAGCAGUUCUCUGCCCUCUUCUAGUGGUGACAGCUCUAACCUCCCUAAUCCACCUGCUACUAAACCAUCGAUUGCUUCUAACCCUCUCAGCCCCCAAACAGGACCACCUGCUCACUCUGCCUCCCUCAUCCCUUCUGUCUCUAAUGGCUCUUUGAAGUUUCAGAGCCUCACUCAUACAGGUAAAAGUCACCAUCUUUCAUUCUCACCGCAGAGUCAAAAUGGCCGAGCACCCCCUCCUUUGUCAUUUUCCUCCUCCCCUCCUUCUCCCGCCUCCUCCGUCUCAAUGAAUCAAGGUGCCAAGGGCACCAGGACCAUCCAUACUCCCAGCCUCACCAGCUACAAGGCACAGAAUGGAAGUUCAAGCAAAGCCACCCCAUCCACAGCAAAAGAAACCUCUUAAAGGUCAAAUCCUAUUAGGCACAAGUCGGAGUUACAUUUAAAAAAAAAUUAACAGUCUACAACAACUGUUUUCACAAGAGAAUGUAACAUAUUGCUGUAUCGUUUGAGGCUUAAUGCUAAGUAUGUGCUAAAUACUGGAUUAAUAGAUUUCAGUAAAGCUCGUUCGUUUUGUUUGGUUUUCUUUUUACCUAGUUGCUAUAGUGUCUACUGUCAAUACUCAAUACCUAUAAAAUGCAGUAAGCAUGUGUUACAAAAAGAGGUUCUGGUGGGAGAGAAAGGUGAGUGUGAGACAGGAGAAUUGUCUUAAGCAUAUAAAACAUGUAUGAUUCCAGAAUUUUAGUAUGUUUUGUAUAAAACUAUUUUUCAUUACGGAGACUAGAAGUGAACAGAGAAUUACACAAGUGUGACUAUACAAAUUGUAAAACAGAUACUAUAAUAUUUCCUUUUAUUUUAGUGUUAUUUAGCUUUAUUACAGAUUUCUAUUUUUGUCAAAACUUCAUGGUUCCUUUCAAGAUCUUUUUUGCCAAAACAUUUUGAUACUAUAGCAUUGUACAUUUGAAAGUAGUGUGCUAGACUAUAAAACCAAUGAACUUCUACAUGAGCCCUACAGACAGGCAUGUGUAGAAGGCAAUUUAUCACACCUAUUGCACUGCCAUGAAAAGUAUGUAUAAUAAUUUGCUAGCCCAAGCAAGCUAGUUUUCUUUGCUUGCUUCUUUUCUUUCUUUUUUCCUUCCUUUUUUUUUUUUCUUUUUUAACAUGUUGAGAUUCUCUAGUUGUUUUCUUUGGCGUAUCUAACCCCUUCUUUUGUUUUCUGAGACCUGGUAACCCACGCUCUUGCAUUGUGGAUUUUAAAAUGUACACUCUGUACGGUUCUGUAAACCGGAAAACUUUUGUAAAUAUAUAAAUAUACAUAGACAUUAAAAUACUGUAUGUGACAGCACAUAGAGUAGUUUUCCCACACCAAAGUUAAUUUUUAUGCAUGCUUUAAAAGUAUAUAUCAGGACCGGCAGAAAUGGAAGUAUCCAUACAUUUUUAAAAAGCAACAAGUUUGCACAGCUAGAGUGUUUUUGUAAAUAAAUGUAUUUGUAUAACACAGUCAUGUAAUAUACAGAACUAUAAGCAGAGACUUUGCAAAACUAAAUAAAGGGCUGCAUGCUUAUUAUUUUUUGUACCUUGUCACUAUAACUACUUCCUAGUCAAAGAACGAAAUGUAAGUGUUACUGAGUUAAAUGUUUUUCCACUUUGAGGGAUGUAACCACAUCCACUCAGAGGACACUACUUUUCUGAAAGCUCUGGGGUGACUAAUGAUGAGUUCCUAAUAAAUUAAUUGCAAGUGUGGUGCCUUGGAUGUGA